GACAAAAACAAUCGAGAAAUCGCGUGAAUUUUGCUCGUUUUUUGCUAUUUAAAGCCCGAAUUUAGCGGAAAUUUCGUCAAAAACGCAUUUUCGAGCACUCGGUGCAUCGCGUUCGCAUCAAAUUCAUCAAAAUUACUUGUGAUAAGGCGCCCAACUCUGUUAUUUCGCAUCACGUAAUUCCCAGAGUCCAAUGUUUCAGCAAUUUCUCGCCUCUGAACGACAUUUCUGGCAGGCAACGCAGCAAUUUGAGAAAUGUUACGCGAACUAAUCGCCUGGGUACUGAACAAUUAUCUGGGCAAAUAUGUGGAAAAUCUAAAUACAGCGCAAUUAUCUGUCGCACUGCUUUCGGGCGAAGUCGAAUUAGAAAAUUUACCUUUAAGACCGGAUGCUUUACGUCAUCUCGGACUCCCGCUGAAGAUCCAAAGUGGCUCAAUUGGCAAAGUAAAGUUGCAAAUUCCUGUUACAGCGUUUCGUACUGCGCCAUGGUGCAUCCAAAUCGAGCAAAUUUACGUCAUUUGCGGACCCUUGAACCUCGACGAAUGGGAUGGCGAACAAGAACAUCAAGCCGACUUGGAUUACAAAUUGUCGAGUCUCGAUAGUUUGGAGGCACGAUGGCGUGCACAUCUCGAAGCAGGUGCCUCGGGCAGUUAUUAUGCGUCCUCGUACAGUGGUUGGUUGAGUUACGGAUCGUCGCUCGUGACAAAUAUCGUCGAAAAUCUCCAAUUGAAGAUCAAUGAUGUGCAUUUUCGAUAUGAGGAUACAAUUACUGUGGAAAAUUGUCGAUUUGCAUGCGGUGUGACAAUUGAAUCGCUUACCGCGGAAUCCUGUGAUAACAAUUGGGCAUCGAGUUUCAAUACGAACCAACAAUUGUCCUUUAAAUUAGUGGAAUUGAAUGCGUUGUCGCUGUAUUGGGAUCCGCUGAUACACGAUGAGACGCUUAGUGAGACAAAUUCCAAGGAGCUUGCCGAUGUUUUGUCCCAUAUUAAGUUUCAGCAUGAGUAUAUUAUUCAACCGGUGAGUGCGCAGGCGAAAUUUAAGCGCGAUCGGAGCGUUUCCGCGUUACGCACACGCAAUCGCCCACGACUCACGUGUGACCUUGUGUGGAAUGAAAUUGCAAUAUCGCUGAGUGAUAAACAAUACCGUCAAAUGGUUGAAUGCGUACGUGGUUUGGAUGACAUAUCAAAAUACCGCCGGUUUCGUUUGUUGCGCCCUUUAGUGCCCGUUAGCGAGAAUCGCAAGGCAUGGUGGUUGUAUGCGGCGCAAUGUCAUGGUCUUUUAAAAUACAUCAACUGUGAUCCCAGUAGAAUUGCCAAAGAAAAUCUCAAGUACAUCAAUAUUUAUACGAAAAUUCUCGCAAACCCAAACGAAACGUUGUCGCCCGAGAACAAAGAAUUCAAAGACGCCGUCGAAAGUGAACGUAACUACGAGGAAUUAAAACUUUUGCGGGAGAUUUGCAUGUUGAACCAACAACCAGUGAUAAAUGUGCAAGCAAAACGACAGGAAAACGCCUCGAAGGGACGUUCAAUGUUGCUUCAAUGGUUUCCUCAGAUGUGGUAUGGCAAACAAACGACUGACGAAAGCAUCACGGAAGACAAUUUACUCGCACUUGACGACUCAAGAGGCUUGGAUGACACGAAAGAAACGAUCGAAGAUGAAAUUUUGAAUGCAUUGGCGGAUUCUGUGGAAAACGAUUCGAUUUUGAAACGAGAUGCGGUCUUUGGAAAAUUUGAAUUUACCUUGAAAAAGGGCACUUUGGAUAUUUGUAGCGGCGGAUUCGGGUCUGAAUUGACACCAAUGUUGCAAUUGCAGUUCGAAAACUUGAUUUUGAGUGUCGAAAGUCGUCCUCGAUCCGGAUCACAUUUUCUCGGUUUGAGUCUCGGAUCAAUUUUACUCAAAGAUCGGAUAACGCCAAAUUCAGAAUUUCCGGAUUUAAUAAAACCGCAAGUGAAAGAUGAAAUGUUGAGUCGUACGAAAUCAGGAAGUGUGAGAAAAACACAAAAUAACUCGACAGAGCCUCUUUUUCAGCUGGAAUACGAAAAACGACCUUUGGCAUUAGUUGCUGACUAUCGUUUGCUCAUAAAAUCCCAAUCUCUGGAUAUCGUGUACAACGUUGGCGCCGCAAAAUGGUUACUUGACUUCGUUUCGCGUCCUCAUCAGAUGUCAGAAGCACGCAAAAAGAUCGAGGCAAUGAAAAAUAAGACAAAAAAAGAAAUUAUGAAGAAUUGGGAGCAAAUUCUCAAAGGUCACUUGAGUCAACGGAAGCAAUGGGCCUUCGAAAUUGACAUUUCCGCGCCGCAAAUCAUCUUUGUUGAAAAUUUCGCGGAUAAAAGUGGCAGUUCUAUUGUUGUUGUCGAUUUCGGAAGACUGCAAUUGACGAAUAAUGUCGUUACGCAACGCACAAAUGGUCGAACGAAUGGCGUUGUGCAAGAUGUUUCCAUCAAAAGUCCCGGCGGGAUUGAGAGCGAUGACGAAUCUGACAUGUUUUUGACGCCUUGCUCGACGCCGCCCGGUUCAGAAACGAGUAAUUCGCCGACUUUGGUGUCGGCAGCCUCUGAUCCGUUAUCGAAUUCGGAAACGUUGAAUGUGAUGGAUGACAUUAAUGAGGGAAAUUUGAUGGAUAAAUUGUAUGAACGGUACAAUUUGGAUCUGACGGAUUUGCAAGUGCUCGUUUGCAAAGGAAAGGAACGUUGGAAUUUUGCGAGUGCGAAGGGAACGUCGACGUUGCAUGUGUUGGAUCGAUUUAAUAUUUCAUUGCAAAUCGAACGUCGAAUUCUUCACACAACCGACCCGCAAUAUCCCAGUUUGACACUUUUGGGUCGUCUCCCGCGCUUAAAUGUGCACGUGAACGAAAACAAAAUUGCAGCAUUGACGCACAUGUUCAACAUUAUCACACGAAACAGUGUUUUCGAUUCGCCCAUGAAGUCAAAUAUCGAACAUCCUUUGUUGGAAUCGUUAAGUCAAGAAUCGCACGACGAAGACACCUUCGCCGAAGAGAUGAGUCAUCGCGAAUCCAAUAAACUCGUGAUAAUGCAAUUUUCCGUCGAUCAAAUGUCUCUCGAAGUCCAAAGCAGAGGUCGAAGCAUUGCCGAGUUACAAGUUACGGGAGUUCGUGCUGGAUUGACGCAAAGAGCGCACGAAACAAAUGUCUCGUUGAGUGUUCACGGAUUGUUGCUUGUCGAUGCAAUUCAAUCAUUUGGUCCGGAUUUCGAACUUUUGAUCGCAAGUCAUCGACACGUGGGCAUGGAUAGCGUUUCGGGCAGUUUGAGACAUAGCGAGCCAUGUUCGCCGUGCAGUCCAGGAUCGCCAGAUCCGAAUCAGAUGGAAGAUCGGAGACCAACGAGCCCGAUGUCGAUUCAUAAAGCGUUGAGUAGCUUGACAAGAGCUUCGUCUCCUUAUAAUAACUCAACAAUUGGCGCGAUGGAUGACUUAGAUGCGUUAAUUGUGGUCGACAUUCAAUUUAUCGAUGGAACGGGACUCAACGACGACGUUUCUCAUCAAAUUGCUAACAUUCAGUUCAAUAAUUUGGAUAUUAUUGCAAAUCAAGAAACCAUCGUCGAAUUAAUUGGAUUCGCCAACCGCGUUUUCCCCAAAAGUCGAAAACACUCAAACAUCGUGCCCCGUUUCCAACCUGAUUCAAGUCAAUUAGACGACUCGUCGUUAGAAAUCAACCAACAAGAAGCCCCAACGAAUCCCGUUCGCACGGAAAUCACUUUUGACUUUCACCGUUUGAAUAUUCUCAUCUUGCGAGCUUACAUGCGUGAUAAUUAUUUAGUAGCUCGCAAAGUUGGGACCUUGACGUUGUGCGAAGCAAAGAUAAAUGCAACUCUAUCAGAUACUGUCGAAGUCACCGGAUCUCUUGGAGGCUUACAAAUUCUGGAUUUAACGCCCGAAGGCGUGAAUCAUCAACGAAUUUUGUCUGUUGGAAAGGAUCCUUUGACAGAUCCGCCGCCUGUUGAUACGCACGAUGACUUAUUAGCAUCUCUGACGAACGAAGUUUAUCGCGGAAGUGGAAAUGGCAACAAAAUGGAACCGCUGAAGGAGAAACAAGCGUUAUCUUUUGCUAUUACGCGUGACAUUAACAUGUGCAUCGAUGUCAAAGUUCGCAUGGCUUCUGUUUGGUACAUCCAUUGUGCGCGUUUUUUGCAAGAAUUGACAUGGUGCGCCACGGAAUUCAAGCAAUAUCUGAAAACUUUGGCGAAAUCAAUCAAAGAAAAGGCUGCCGAUAUGGCUUUGGGUCUUGUUCAACCGAGAGCUGAUAGCACAAGUACCCCCAUGAAAAGC